AUAAGUUUUAGUAGAGAUACAUCGCGUGCAGUGGGCGUUUUAGUGAGAUUGAGAUUAUACGUCUCCUGUUGGAGAAGCAAGAAUAGUAAAAAGGAUUUCACCUAUAAAGCACGUGGAGUAAAAACGGUAGAGCAAAGUCUGAAAGAGGAGCAGCACUAUUACGGUAAAUUAGCAUGCCCAUUUCAAGAACGAUUGGAAAAUAAUACAAUGUUGAAGAAAAACUAAAAAAAAAACUAAAAAAUUCAACAACUUCAACAACUUCACGUAGGUAAAUGGCAUUUUAAAGAGUGCUAAAGAUGUUUCGGGACUUGAAGAAGUCAGUGGUUGCACUUCUAUUUUGUUGCUCGGUAUGGCUUGUUAUAAGCACUCAUUUAUAUUUAUCAAAUAAUACUCACGAUAUCUUUGAAUUGGUUAGAGCUUCGUAUAUAGAUAAGUUCUAUACCAAGGCCCCAUUUUUACAUACGCAUGUUUCCAAUGAAGAGCAUGAUCCAAAUUUAAUUCAUCAUCAUAAGCCAGACCCGGUAGUGAAACCAGCAUCUUCAAAAGAACCAGACAAGGAGAAGGUUCAAGAUUCUUGGGUCAUAAAUGUUGAUAGGAUAUCCGAAUAUAAUCAUGAAGAAUCGUGUGUGAUAUUCCCGUAUCAUUUCAAUGAUUUAAAAGAAAAGCAAACUUUAGCAGAAUACUAUCAAGAGAAUUUCAAUACCGCAAUUGAAGCAAGUCAUUUUGAUAAAAAUACUAAAUUUCGAAUAAUACAAUUGAAUUCAUUAACGGAUGAACCCAAACAAGACUACGUGGAUUCAAGUAAGUAUCAAAAGGAUGAGUUUAAGAUAUUUCAGCUGUCACCAUUAAUAUAUAACGAUCAACAAUGCGAAUCACAUUUACAACAGAAACUACAAGUUGAGAUUUCACAAUCAAAAUCAUUAACCUUUGAUGAUUGGUUACCCAUUAUUAAUAGAUUUAAAGAAGAAAACCCUCACUAUUAUGAAGAAUUAGAACCGUUUUGGAAAGAUGAUAUAGAAGAACAGAUCAAAUCAGGAGUACUCAAUAAACAUUGGCAUAGAUUAGCUGGAUCUUCAGUAUGGUUAACAGAAUAUGGAGUUCAUUUUAUGAUUAGCAGGGUUUUAUAUACCCCUAGUGGGAUUAGAGAUAAACCAAUCAUAUCAUUAACGUAUGCACAAGUUUUCAAUGAUAAAUGGGAAGAAAUGAAGAAUGUUGAAUUAAUAUCACCAUCAAAUAACCCGGACGUUGGGAAUGAAUUAGUUAAAGAAGAAAAAAUAUAUUCAUCAAUGAUUUAUCCUACUUUCUUACCAAUCCCAUCGUAUCAUGAUUAUAAUAUUACCACCCCGAAUAAGUAUUACGGGCCAGAGGAUCCAAGAUUGUUACUUAUUAAGAAUCCAAAGGGAUACGAAGAGCCGCUUAUAAUUUUCAAUGCAUACCAACGGAAAAUCGUUGAAAGUGUUAAUAUUGAUCAUGAUAAACAUAUGAAUAUAACUUUUGAUUAUUAUAGGAGUAUUUUCAUGUGCUGGCCGUGGCAAUUCCAAAGAGGAAAAGAAAUUGUUGAUGAUUUAAAUAUUAAUCAAAAUUAUAAAUAUCAAAUUUAUAAUCGAAUUGCAGAAUUAGUAAGAGAUAAUAUUCCAAAAGUUAAAAAUCAAAAAAAUUGGACUCCAAUGAUAAGUUAUGAAGAUCGUAAAGUAUCGAAUUAUGAUGAAUCAAUUUAUUUUAUUUAUAGAUGGAGUAAUUUAGAAGUUUUCAAAUGUCAAUUAUCCAAUAUCAUAAAUGGUUUAUCAAUUUGUAAAUACGAUUAUAGAUUAGAACCGAAUAAUAAUGAAAAUGAUGGGGUUGGUCCUUUAAGAGGAGGAACACAAAUGGUUAAUAUCAAUCAAUUGCUAUACGAGUAUUCCAAUAAAAUCACUGAAUUAUCGACUUUUAUAAGUAAAUUACCAACUGGUCGAGAAUUAUGGCUAGGUUUUGCUCGAGCCCAUUUGAAAAACUGUGGUUGUGGGAAAAGUAUUUACAGACCCAACUUGGUUCUAAUAACCAAAGAUUCAAAUCCAAAGGGCGAAAAGUAUUAUAAAAUCAGUCAUAUUAGUUCUUUCCUAGGUUUAAGUAACGUUCCUAUACUUCCGUGGGAUCCAGCCAAUCCUAAGAUGAUUUGUGGAGAACAGUAUCCAAAUGCCUUGAUUCCAAACGGUAUAAGUGAUUGGAAUUUGAAAGAAGUCGCUAUAAACGAUGAUAUAAAAGGGAUUCAGGAUUAUCUCACUCUAUCCUUUAGUGUAAGUGACUCUACGGUUGAUAUCAUUCAUAUCAAAGGCUUAUUGAAUGAAAUCUUCAGACUAGACUACAACACUGACAUCAAAACCAAUCGGUUGAUUGGAGACAUUGAUAUCAUCAAGGAUGACGUUAGCCAUAACUGGAUGAAGAACAACGGAUUCAACAAUAUCAACGUUGAUUGUGCCAUUCGUGAAUCAAAGAACUUCUGCUACCACUACGGCCUCCAAAAUGGCGAAAAGACAAAAGAAGAAAAAGAAAAAGAAAAAGCAAAGCAAAAAGAAGAGAAAGAAAAGCAAGAAAAAGAGAAGCAAGAAAAAGAAAAACAAAACCAAGAACAAAAACCAGACCCAAAUGCUAAAGUCGAAGCCAAGGUCGAAGAAGACGCAUCAGAAAGCAAAUACUAGUGUGACCUGUGUAAUCUGUGUACUUUUCUACUGUAAUAUACCC